CUCUUUUUAUUUUUCAAAAUUCAAAUUCUUUAAAACCUUUAUUUAAAGCUAGUUAUUUUCCCCACCGGCCCCCCUCCUCUGUCUAUCGCUUCGGAAUUAUACCAAAGAGAAAUUAAUCGUUAAGGAUGGGCCGCGGAGUGAGUGCUGGGGGCGGUCAGAGUUCCUUGGGCUACCUGUUUGGAAGUGGAGAGCCUGCUAACAAUUCUCAGACUGCUCGCAACCAGGAAAAGGCUCCGACUAAUGAGCCUGUCUCAAGGCCAGCUGCUGCUGCACAACCUAUGGAUAACACCAAGAAUGUACCAGCAGGCAUUCACAGUAACAACACAAACAACUAUUUUCGUGCUGAUGGCCAGAACUGCGGCAACUUUCUAACGGAAAGGCGUUCAACCAAGGUCCAAGCAGCACCUGGUGGUGGAUCUUCCUUGGGUUAUUUAUUUGGUGACGGCAGCAGCAAGUGAUGUCACUGGACAUCAAGUUUCAAAAGUUUGCUUUCCCAGUUAUGUUGGAAGUAUGAAUGGAUUUCAUUUACUGCAAAUUUGAAACUUCUUUUCACAAUUGUAAUAGUGUCUAAUUGACACAGGAUUCAAACUGCUAUGUAAGUGCUGAAUGCUGUAUUACCCAUUAUUUCUGUAUCAUGCGAGUUAAAAACACACUUUUUCUUUAGUUUAAUCUGUUGAUGUGGAAAUGAUAUCAUCCUUUUAUAUUUGUUCA